ACCACGUGACGUCCCUUUAAGCUCUUUCUUGACUGUCCGCGACCAUGGCAAAGGAAAUAUUUCCACCUAAUGACCAGGGCAGAGUUACCAUGCAAAGGAUCGCGACUCGUAUCUGCCCAGUUUGAAGCGAAAACGGAUAUAUAUAAUACGACGAAUGUUGUUUUGACGGCGCGCGCGAGAGAAAAAACUGCUGAUCGUUCAAGCACUUUAACGCGGGACGCGCGAGCUGGGAUGCCGAAGUGACGCAGCUGGAGUUGUUUUAACAGCUUGAGAAGUUGCAGCUCAUUUCAUUACCUUUUACGCGUGGAAGAAUACCACGAGAUACGAGUGCCUUGUUUACAUAUUUCAUUGGGCUUUUCUGUUCUUGAGCUACUCGGAAUAUUUGCGCCAUCAGUUAAGAGAGAAGUUGCAUCCGUGAGAGGAAACGGAUUUUAAAGCAGCAGUAACGUUAACGUUAGUUUGCUCUUCUUUUCGAAAUAGCUGCGCUCCGUCGAUGACUCUCGACACCUUAAAACAUUCCGCGAUACUCACAACUUUAUUUAAAAUGGCUGAUGAAAACUAUUUAAUAGGUGCUGCGGAGUUUGUUAAAGAUAGACUCUAUUUUGCAACUUUACGGAGCAAGCCGAAAAGCACCGCAAACACGCAUUACUUCAGCACGGAUGAGGAGUUUGUGUAUGAAAACUUUUAUGCUGAUUUUGGUCCCCUCAACCUCGCUAUGCUGUACAGAUACUGCUGUAAACUCAACAAAAAGCUCAAGUCGUUUACACUGACCAGAAAGAGGAUUGUGCACUACACCAGCUUUGACCAGCGCAAAAGGGCUAACGCUGCUGUGCUUAUCGGUGCUUAUGCUGUGAUUUACCUGAAGAAAACACCUGAGGAAGCCUAUAGAGCUCUUAUCUCCGGCUCCAAUGCCUCAUAUCUUCCCUUCAGGGAUGCUUCAUUUGGGAAUUGCACAUACAACCUGACAGUUCUCUACUGCUUGCAAGGCAUUAGGAAGGCCCUUCAGCACGGAUUCUUGAACUUUGAGACGUUCGACGUAAACGAGUAUGAACAUUACGAGCGGGUUGAGAACGGAGAUCUGAACUGGAUCAUCCCAUGCAAACUUCUCGCUUUCAGUGGGCCGCAUCCGAAAAGUAAAAUAGAGAACGGUUACCCUCUACAUGCCCCCGAGGCUUAUUUCCCAUAUUUCCGCAAGCACGACGUCACCACCAUAGUACGCCUCAACAAGAACAUCUACGAUGCCAAGCGCUUCACAGAUGCCGGUUUCGACCAUUACGACCUGUUCUUCGUGGACGGCAGCACGCCCAGCGACGUCAUCACCCGCCGCUUCCUGCACGUCUGUGAGAGCACGGAUGGAGCGGUGGCGGUUCACUGCAAGGCGGGUUUGGGCCGGACGGGGACUCUGAUUGGCUGCUACCUGAUGAAGCACUACCGCUUCACGCCUGCCGAAGCCAUCGCUUGGAUCCGCAUUUGCAGACCCGGCUCUAUUAUUGGACCCCAGCAGCAUUACCUAGAAGAGAAGCAGACGAGUCUCUGGGCGCAUGGAGAUAUUCACCGCUCCAAGCAGCGGCAGUAUGAGGACAGAUCCGUGCCUCACCUCAUCUCCAGUAUGGACAACCUCUCCAUCAGCACCUCCAUCUUUAAAUCACACAGCUUGGACCGUAUGGAGGAGAACGAUUAUGCAGAGACCGAUCUCGGUAUGACGCAAGGAGACAAAUUGCGUGCCUUAAAGGGUCGACGGCAACCGAGGUCUGCGACCACCGGAGCCAUAAGACUCGAGGACAUGAAGAUACACACUAGGUCUGCAUCUCAGCCUCUCAGGUAACUUUUUCUUCCAAGUUUCAGUC